UACGUUACAGCAUAACGUUGUUUUAUUUUACUUUGAUUCGUCUGCAACUGACGUGCAACUAUCAACGUGUAUCUAAUAUUCUUAUUUCCAGCACAUAAAUAGUUUAAUAACUAUCAACAUAAAAAUCCAACUGAAAUAAAAUGAAGACAUCUUUAGUUAUUUCAAUCACGUUUUUAGCAGUUUUUAUUAUAUCAGAAAAAUCAUUAAGAACAAAACUAGAGUUUAAAGAAAGAUCUGAAUUAUUAGAAACUUCUGAAAUAGCUCGGAAAAUCUUUAAGAUAAGCUUAGAAAAGAAAAGUAACUUAUGUGUAGCAGUCGAUGUUGAUACUGCUGACAAACUUUUAGAUAUUACUGAAAAAGUAGCACCACACAUUUGUAUUUUAAAAACUCAUAUUGACGCCAUUAAUGGUGUCACAGAUACUACUAUUAAUGAUUUACAACUCUUAGCCAAACAGUACAACUUUCUUAUAAUGGAAGAUAGGAAAAUGGCAGAUAUUGGUAAUACUGUUAAAUUACAAUAAAAAAAAAUAGUACAUUGGGCAGAUCUAAUAACAGUACAUAGUGUUUCUGGUGGGAUGAUGUUAAAAGGCAUUCAAGAGGUGAUAAAUGAAAACGCAGACUCAUUAGGUAGCCGGGGUGUGUUUAUUGUUGCAGAAUUAAGUUGCAAGGGAAAUUUAAUAUCGGAACAAUACAUCAAAGAGACUGUGAAGAUAGCUGAAGAGUAUAAAGACAUAGUGGCUGGUCUAGUGUGCCAGUCGCAUGAUAUUAUUUCAUCGCCUAGCCUACUUCAACUUACACCAGGUGUUAAUAUUAAAAAUGCCAAUGAUAAUCUCGGCCAACAAUAUCAAACUCCUAGUGAUAUUAUUUUAACCAAAGGAGCUGAUAUUGCAGUAGUAGGUAGAGCAAUUUAUCAAGAUGACGAUCCUGCUGAAGCAGCUAAAAUAUACAAGGAGUCGUUGUGGAAUACUUAUUUAGAACGUGUAUCGAAUUCUUGAUUAUACUCGAGAAUAAUUAAUAUGCCAAGCAUAUAAUUAAUAGAUAUCAUUAAUUUGGUUUAUUUUUCAUAAAUGUAUACAGCUUUAUUCGCUACCUUUAUUUUUACUAUUCUAUA